AUGGUCGACCAAAGUGCAUUGGAAGGCGUUGACAAUCGGUUGGGCUUGCCCAUCAACCCUAUCGUGAUCGAAGACGACGACACCUGUGACGUGCAGAAUACGUCAGAGAACCAUAAUUCCGAUGCAGAUACAGUGAUUAUGGGUACACCGGAGUCCUGGAGAUGUUUAGACAAGUUACACCGCUCCGACUCGAUUGGGAAAGGCACGGUUUGCCGUUCGAAUCAGGGUCAUCUGAAAUGA